AAAAAUACGGCAACACUUAUAGUUCUGACGUUGACGUACCGCUUAUUACCAUCCUUCUUUUUCAAAGUACUCCUUGAAGAGUGGAAAUAUGGCAACCUCUAAGAAGAAGACCAGGAAGCUCCGAGGACAUGUGAGCCACGGUCAUGGACGUAUCGGUAAACACCGUAAACACCCUGGAGGUCGCGGUAACGCUGGUGGUGAGCACCACCACAGAAUUAACAUGGAUAAAUACCACCCAGGUUACUUUGGCAAGCUGGGUAUGAGGAAUUUCCAUUUAAGAAGGAACAAGGACUUCUGUCCUGUGUUGAACCUUGACAAGCUUUGGACCUUGGUCUCCGAGCAAUCUAGGCUUAAGUACGCUAACGCCACAGAUGGGAAAGUGCCUGUCAUCAACAUUGUUAAGGCUGGUUACUACAAACUGCUCGGAAAAGGAAAGCUGCCCAAGCAGCCCGUUAUUGUAAAGGCCAAAUUCUUUUCCAAGACAGCUGAAAAGAAAAUCAAGGAUGUUGGUGGAGUUUGUGUGUUGUCUGCGUAAUUUAAGUUUAAUAAAAUCUUGUAAACAUUA